AUGGCGAGCCCAAACUACCUCAAGAAUGUCGCCAUUGUCGGUGCUGGCGGGAACAGUGGCUCCUUCAUGACAGCUGAGCUUCUCAAGACGGGCAAGCACAUCGUAACUGCCCUCACCCGAGCGGAUAGUAAGGCCAAGCUUCCAGAGGGAGUCACAGCCAAGACGAUCGACUACGAGAAGGCCGAGACCAUCGUGAAGGCGCUGCAGGGCCAAGAUGUGCUGGUCAUCACCAUGUCGGUCGUCGCUCCCAAGGACCAACAGGCCAAGCUGGUGAAUGCGGCCAUUGCAGCUGGCGUCGAGUGGGUAAUUCCCAACCAUUGGGCGCCAGACACCACAGACGAAGGCCUUGCACGGGAUGUCGUCAACUUUGGAGGUCUGAGCGAGUUCCAGAAGUGGAUCGAGGAUCAGGGCAAGAUCAAGCACAUUAGUCUCUCCACCGGCUUCUGGUAUGAAUGGAGCUUGGCGAUUCCGCCUAGCUAUGGCUUCGAUCUUGCCAAGCGAAAGGUGACUUACUUCGACCAAGGCCAGACCAAGAUCUCCACGUCCACGUGGCCACAGGUCGGACGAGCCGUGGCUGCCCUGCUUAGCCUUCCGAUCAAGGCAGAGGGCUCUGACAAGGGCCUCGAGGACUUCCAGAACAAGCUCGUGUACAUCAGCUCGUUCACGGUCAGCCAGCAAGAGAUGUUCGAAUCCAUCCUUCGCGUGACCGGGAGCAAGGAGGAAGACUGGACCGUGAGCGAGGAGCCGGCUGUGGAGCGAUACGAGGAGGCCGUCAAGGCGAUGAAGGCGAAAGGGCCCGAGAGAUAUGCAGCAUUCGUCCGUAUGAUGUACACACGUGUCUUCUAUCCGGAUGGAAAUGGGGACUUGGAGGCCAGGAGAGGCACUCUGAACAGCCUCCUCGGCCUGCCGGAGGAGGACAUGGAUGAGGCGACGAGGCGGGCGAUUGAGAGGGCCGAGUCAGGCAAUUCAGGAUAUGGCGGACAGUGA